CCCACCCCCUCGCCCCACCCCCCUCGCCCGCCAUGGCCGCUGUGCUGAGCCACACUUGCGAGACGGCCGGCUGCGCCAACGCCGCCAAGCUGCAGUGCCCGACCUGCAUCAAGCUCGGCGUGCAGGGAUCUUUCUUCUGCUCGCAGGAGUGCUUCAAAGGCAGCUGGGACGCCCACAAGAAACUGCACAAGAAAGCGAAGGAAGAGAAGGCACAGAACAAUGUGGCAAAUAUUCCCGGAGCGCCGAUCACGGAUCCGUGGCCCUGGUAUCGCUACACGGGCACGCUGCGACCCUAUUAUCCCCUGAGCCCCAAGAAAGAUGUGCCGGAGGAUAUUUCAAGGCCAGACUACGCGAAUCACACGCAAGGAAUCUCCCUGGUGGAGAAGGAGAUGAGAGGAAGCACGCAGAUCAAGGUGCUCUCUCCCGACGAGAUCGAGGGCAUGCGCAUCGCCUGCAAGUUGGGCAGGGAGGUGCUGGACAUUGCGGCGAAGAUGGUGAAGCCGGGCGUCACCACGGACGAGAUUGAUGAAGCGGUGCACGCGGCCUGCAUGGAGCGCCGCUGCUACCCGUCGCCGCUCAACUACUACAACUUCCCCAAGUCGUGCUGCACCUCCGUGAACGAGGUCAUCUGCCACGGCAUCCCCGACCAUCGUCCGCUGGUGGAGGGCGACAUCCUCAACGUCGACAUCACGGUGUACCACAACGGCUUCCACGGGGACCUCAACGAGACGUUCUUCGUGGGGAACGUGGACGCGGCAUCCCGCAAGCUCGUGCAGGUCUCCUUCGAGUGCCUCAUGCAGGCCAUCGACGAAGUUAAGCCGGGCACGCGCUACCGUGACAUCGGCAACGUGAUUCAGAGACACGCGCAAGUGCACGGCUUCUCGGUGGUGCGGAGUUACUGCGGCCACGGCAUCCACCGCCUCUUCCACACCGCGCCCAACGUGCCCCACUACUCAAAGAACAAGGCAGUGGGAGUGAUGAAGCCUGGACACGUGUUUACCAUCGAGCCCAUGAUCUCAGAAGGAACCUGGCAAGACGAGACAUGGCCCGACGAGUGGACGGCCGUCACCAAGGACGGGAAACGCUCCUCGCAGUUCGAGCACACGCUCCUCGUCACGGAGACGGGCUGCGAGAUCCUGACGCUGCGGGCGGAAGACUCGGGGCAACCUCACUUCCUGUUUCAGGACUGACCUUCACUUAAUGGCACGUGGGGCCCCCCCUCCGUGCGAUUGACGCUCGGAACCUCGCUCGGUUUACGCCCGCGGUUAGACAUUCGUCCGAUUUCAAUUUUUGCAAGCGACGCGGUGAACACCGUCGCGUGAAAAUUUCAGCAAAAAUGUAAAACUUAAAAAAACGAGAUUUAAAUGAAGGAGGGCGGAAAAAGGAACUCGGAAUUUUUUUCUUGUUUGUUGUUGCUCUGCCUGACGUGCGUUGUCGAAUUGCCAUAGAAAAACGUUUUCUUUUUCCCGUUUGCCAAGCUGUGUAGGAAGAUUUGUUUUUUCUACGCGGUUGUAUCUCGCUUUUGUGCAAAGCGCCGUUGUGAGCCAUCAACUUCGCCAUUUGUUCGACACUGAAAAACGUUGGCAUUUGUAAAAAAAAAAUGACGACCUUGAUGGCAGUUAUCAGACCGCGUUCUCCUUGCCCGCUGUGCCAGUUAUUAUACGUGAGAAAAAUAAAGCCGAGUUUUUACGAC